CCAGAUCGCACACGCGCGUCUCAGCGGCUGCGUCGACGCUUCGCAGCUGUACCUUCCGCUCGGAGCCUUUCGGAGCCAGCGGCUGCUCGACUGUCACGCGCCGGACCCAGUGCUGGGCAGACGGGUCCGAGCAGCAGCACGGCGCCGGGAGACGCACGACACCUCCCGGCUCGCGGUGGACUCGUUCGGGACCGGGGUCCGCUCCUCCGCCGCCUCCGGGCUGCGAGCGUCCGCGCUCCUCAGACGCGAUCGCCGCCGCGACCGACGCCGCGUGACCGGGGGACGGGUCGACGCCGACGGGAGCCGGGCGGCGAAGCGUCCGCCCCUGGAGACGCUGCUGGUGCCGCGAAGGGAAGGGAAGACUUUAGUGGGACAGCGGCACCGGCGCGGAAUUAUUGUUAGAUAACAGCCUCGUGGGUUCACACCGAAAUGGGAAAAGAAACCUCCGUCGCCUUUUAAGAUGUUUCCUCACCACAGAGAGAGGGAGCAGCCCAUCUUCAGCGCCCGGGCCCACGUUUUCCAGAUCGACCCAGCCACCAAGAGGAACUGGAUCCCAGCCAGCAAGCAUGCCGUCACCGUGUCCUUCUUCUACGACGCCAACCGGAGCGUGUACCGCAUCAUCAGCGUGGGCGGGACCAAGGCAAUUAUCAAUUGCACAGUUACACCCAGCAUGACGUUCACCAAAACCUCCCAGAAGUUCGGUCAGUGGGCCGACAGCCGGGCCAACACCGUCUACGGCCUGGGAUUCGCUACGGAGCAGCAGCUGCAUCAGUUCUCCGAGAAGUUCAAGGAGGUGAAGGAUGCGGCUCGUCUGGCGCGGGAGAAGUCUCAGGACAAGGACCUGGCCAACACCGCCCUGACCAUCGCUGCUCCUCAGUUCUCGCAGGACCUCUCGGACGAACUCCAGUCGCCGCCGGUGAUGUGCGUGAACGGGCCGGAGGACAAGCUGUUCCGCAGCCAGAGCGCCGACAUCACGCUGUCCUCGGAGAAGGAGCGCAUCAAGAAGAUGCUGUCCGAAGGGUCCAUCUGUGAGAUGAACCUGGAGUCGGAGCUCUUCACCCUGCAGGACAGCAACUCCAAGCUGGUGGCGGCGCUGCACGAGGCCAACGCCAACGUGGAGCAGUGGAAGAAGCAGCUGGCAGCGUAUCAGGAGGAGACGGAGCGGCUGCGAGACCAGGUGGCAGACCUAGAGGCCCAUGGAGGCCAAGGCCCCAGUGACCUGCUGAAGGAUGAGCUGACCCAGUCCCUGGAGGAGCUGGAGGCCCUGCUGAAGGCCAAAGAUGAGGAAAUCCAUAUUUUGCAAAGCAAGAAAGCAGAGUACCAUGAGAUGGAGCACGACAGGGAUGAAGCCAUGCACAGAUUACGGGAGAUGGAGAUGCGUAAUUCAGAGCUGGAGCGGCGCAUCCAGAACACAGAGCAGAACCUGAGUAACUCUCUGGAGGAUCGGGACCGCGUGGACGUGGAGAUCCAGAGGGCCAUCGAGAUUCUGGACAUCAAGAUCUUUGACCUGAACGACCUUCGCCAGAGCUUGUUCAAACUCAUCGACAAGUAGGAGACGCCAAGACGAUCCACGGCAGAGUGUGAACGCGAGACGGGGGGUUGUCGGGGGCGACGGGGAGGCGAGAAGAAGCCGGUCCCUGCCCUCUUCAAGCACAAGAACCGCCUCGGCUGCAGGAAGGUGGCUCCACAUCUGUGCAGCUGUGGCCUCGGCAGCAGCACACACACACGUUAAUGCUCGUUGAGUCUAAUGUAACGCUUCAUGUUGCUUUCAAGGGUAACACUCAAUGCAAUAAACUAACUUUAAGGUAAGUGCUUCACGUUGCUAGACAUUUAAAAUCAAUGACUGGUGCUUGUAGUUUUUCAUAAAUAUGACUUUUGUAUAAAACAGGUGAAACCAAACAAACACAAACAGCCGAUGCAGUGUCAGUAUGAUCAACUAGAGGCCUUGUUUCUGCCAUUUUACCGCUGAUUGUUCUGCAAAAUGAGUCCAUGCAUUAAGGGAAAGGAUCAGCAACGUAGCUUUGUAGUUCGCCCUGUACAACGUAGCCGCCAUAGUAUAACGAAGGCUGGAGCUGCUUCUAUGUGCGCCACCACACGAACACGCGGCACCUUCAUCUAAUAGCACCUCUUACUAAGGUGUGGAUACACAACUUGAACUGCAGAUCAGAGUAUUGACACCAAAGAUGUGAUUGAUGGGAUAUUUCAGCCGCUUGUCUAUAAUAAUUCAGCGAGUCAGAAAAUCUAAAAUAACUACGUUAACACAUAAGAUAGGAUAUAUUACGCUAUAAAAUGAUGGACGAUUUAAAUCAUUAAUGCUACAGUAACUAACGAGUAAAAGUCAUCACAUAGGUUUAACUGAGUUUUGGUCCACUCUGAAUAAUCUUCACCUCUUAAGAAAUCACUUAUAGAUUUUAUGAUCUUAAUAGAUGUGUGACUGUGAUUGAUGUGAUGCAUUGAUGAUCUUAGGGGCAUGUUCUGCCCCUUUAGCAUUUUACCUUCACCUGUGAAGUUGCAAGGACGUAGAGUCUGAAAAGCACAGAAGUAGUCUUUUUACCACAGUAACCGGAUGGUUUUAACAUUUGUACCAUUUCAGAAAUGCUUGUAAACAGUUGAGCUAACUCUGUUUAAAAUUUCAAGCUUUUGUCAUGAUGGUUUGGAAAUAAAAAUGAAGAAGACACUAAUUUUA